UGCGAAAAAACGUGUCCCGCGCGUCCUGCCGUCUGUUUCCAAGGCAACUCCAGUGCCUUUUAGCAACUGCGCAUGCAACCAGCGUCAGUUCCCAGCGCCCUCAAUACUGCCAUGGCGGCGGCGGGUCCCAGCGUCUUCCUACUCAUGGUCAAUGGGCAAGUGGAGAGCGCUCAGUUUCCAGAGUAUGAUGACCUCUACUGCAAGUACUGCUUCGUGUAUGGACAGGACUGGGCCCCCACAGCGGGUUUGGAGGAAGGGAUCUCACAGAUCACAUCCAAAAGCCAAGAUGUACGCCAAGCGCUGGUGUGGAACUUUCCCAUUGAUGUCACCUUUAAAAGCACCAACCCCUAUGGCUGGCCACAGAUUGUGCUCAGUGUGUACGGACCAGACGUGUUCGGAAAUGAUGUGGUCCGGGGCUAUGGGGUGGUGCAUGUGCCCUUCUCAACUGGUCGGCACAAAAGGACCAUCCCCAUGUUUGUCCCAGAAUCAACUUCUAAACUGCAAAAGUUUACAAGCUGGUUCAUGGGACGGCGGCCCGAGUACACAGACCCCAAGGUGGUGGCUCAAGGUGAAGGCAGAGAAGCCACCUUCAGAGUUGCUUGCCAAAGACAGUGGAGUCACAAGAUAAAGGCAGCCUGGUCCCUGAG